CCUGGUACUGCUAGCGCCACUGCUUCUGACAGCGAUACGGGAAAUCCCAGUCCUGAAAAUGCUGUAUUACCUAGACCCAAUCACAUUACAACAGCCUAUACUAUGGUAUUCAAAAAAUGUCAUUCAUUUAUAUCAUACGGAUUGGCUUGAAAAAUGUUGGACUUAUCUACUACAGUAAAAGGAUUGCACGUGGUAACAACUUCGUUGAAUCACAUACCGGUCGAAUAUCCGUUUUUGUAUUUAUCGCCCAGCGAAUACAGGUUAGUGAGUACUACACCGGGUUCAUUGUGUAGAGAUGUGUUGUUCGCGAACGAACGGAUCGCAUUGAACGGGUCAAAGAAUCACACGAACGGGUCUUUUGGAAGAUCCGAUCCGAAUGAACCGGAUCGUUUAAUUGACCCGUUUUGCACACCUCUAUCAUUGUGUAAACAUGUAAAAGUAAAUGUCGUAAUGCGUAAUCCGCGAACGGCCUUCGAGACCAAUGCAACUACGUCUAGUUUGGCUACACUGAAUCAAAAUAAAUUUGCCGUUGUCGCACAUAAUUUAACGAACAUUACUCGUGGUGUGAAUUACAAAUACGGUUUUGGAACUACCAAUGCGAUGAAUCCAACAUCGUGUUCCGAUGACAAUGCUAAAUAUCAAGAAGAACUAUACAAGCAAUAUACGGUUAAAAAAAACCGAAGAGCUGGAUUCACACAGAUACAAAUCAAUAAAAAUACGGAAAAAGUGAACGAUACGGAAACCGAAGAACUUCGAGAUGAUUCGUACACAAAAUUAUUUAACAGCAAACGCUAUUUUAAGCCUUUGGAAUGCGGUCAAUACAUAUGGCGUCACGGUGAUGACAGCGCUGUAGAAAAACAACCAUCGUUGCACGUAGGCGUGUAUCCCGUACACAAAUUGACUACUACUAGUCAAGCGAUAAAACCUAGCAGUUUCACUGACAUUGAAGUCGUAUUUGAGGUGGAGAUGUGCAAAACGGGUCAAUUAAACGAUCCGGUUCAUUCGGAUCGGAUCUUCCAAAAGACCCGUUCGUGUGAUUCGUUCAAUAGUAUUCGUUCGUUUUUUCAGCAGUGGCAAGUCUAGGGUGGGGGUGCAUAGGAACCAUAGUUGAUAUUAAACAUAUGGAUACGGCAUAACAUUAUCUAUGUCAUUAUCUAUAUCCGUGAUCUUAUCAUUGUUGGUUUGAACUUUCUAAAUCUAAAAUUUCGCAAAUAUUAUUCCUUAAUCAUAAUAUGUAAAACUGUAUUGUAUUAUUGACUUUUUAUUACUUAUAUCUAUUGACUUUUGCAUACUCUAAAUAUAAUGCAUAACUAAUAUUGUGUAAUCAUUGUGUAAAAAUGUAUUG